CUUACAGUUAGACCGAUUAAAGCGAUCUCUGUGCUGGAUUAAAUAGUGCGGAUCCCCGAUCAGGUUUACAGCAGAUGAAUCGGUGAUCAUCAGAAUGAAGAAGAGUGUGGUGGUGAUGAAGAAGAUGUGAUGGCGUAAACUCCGCCCAUCAGCCUCCAUCUGAACAGCAGCUCUCGCAUCGAGCACAACAUCGCUGUUUUAUCGCUCGUUUUGGGGGCCGAUGCUUGUCAUGCCGUCUCCGUCAGACAUCGUGAAGGUGGCCAUCGAGUGGCCUGGUGCAAACGCUCAACUCAUCGAAAUCGACCAGAAGAAGCCGCUGGCGUCCGUCGUUAGAGAAGUGUGUGAUGGGUGGUCUCUGUCGGGUUCAGAGCAGUUCGCCCUGCGUUACGCUGACGGGCCGCAGCUCUACAUCACUGAACAGAGUCGCGCUGACAUUAAAAACGGCUCCAUCCUCAGACUGGCCAUCUCUCCUAUGCGAGCGGCUCGACAGCUGCUGGAGCGCAUCCAGUCUCAUGGGAUUGAUGCGCGUCUGGAGGCUCUGAAAGAGCUGGCCAAACUCUCUGCUGACCCCGCGUUCGCCACAGAGUUCAUCAACAUGGAGGGCCUGGCAACGCUGGUGCGGCUGGUGGAGAGCGGCACGCAUUUUGGGGAGAUGUUGGCCUUCACCCUCACAGCGUUUCUGGAGCUCAUGGAUCAUGGCAUCGUGUCCUGGGAUCUGAUAUCCGUGUCCUUCAUCAAACAGAUCGCGGCUUACGUGAACCAGCCCAUGGUGGACGUGUCCAUUCUGCAGCGCUCACUGGCCAUCCUGGAGAGCAUGGUGCUGAACAGCCACAGCCUGUACCAGCGUGUGGCGCAGGAGACCCCUGUGGCGCAGCUCAUCACACACCUGCAAGUGUGAGCACAUACACACGCACACACACACUC